CUUUAUGUGAUUACAACGUUAUCGGACGAUUGAUUCAUGCGCAAAUAUUGCUUCAAUUGGUUUUUGUGUGUCAACAGAUGCUGCCUUUUGCCAAAUUAAAUGGAAAAUGCUUUCAGUUAUGUAACAGAAGCACAACCUAGAAUGCAAGGAGGAGAUAGUAGAUAUAACAGACUAGCACAGGUACAGAUGUUCCGUGAGGCCAACCCUGACCUUGAACUUGAGGCAAAGACCAAAAAGGUGACAGAGAAACUGUCAGAGAGUAUGAAUGUUAUAGCAAAUGAACCAUCAUUAGCUUUCUUCAGAAUCCAGGAACAUGUUAGAAAAUGCCUACCACAACUAGCAGAAACAAAGCACGAAGUGCAAGAUUUACAGCAGAAAGUGCAGGGAGCCUCAUUUGAUGCCGAAUAUGCUGCUAAUGCAGUGCAUGAGAUGCAUAAAAGCUCCAGCCACUUCACAAGUAUCCAGGACCUACUCAAGAAUUCAAUGUUUCUAAAACAGCAAAUAGACUAUGAACAAAACAGAAGUUCAAAGGGGGACAGUAAACCCCAGGUAUCAGCAAAGACAGGACAGCCAAAAAAAGAAAGUGAGAUGGACUCUGUAGUGCAUUAGUUUAUACCUCUCUUAAAGAGACAUACAUCCAGAUAUACAUUCUUAAAGGAGCAUACCUCAGGAUAUAUGCCUGUUGCUUUUAAUUGUUAGUAGUUUUAGAUAAAAAAGUAUGUUAUUUUGAAAAAGCUUCUAUGCGGUAAUUAUUAGAUCAACCAAUCGAAGAAUAAGAAGGGCUGUUGUACUCGCCUCAGCAUAUGACACCAUUAUCAAUUUCUUUAUAUUUUCUUAACUACUUCCCCUAUCAUCCCCAGACUUCAUGUAAUGGUUGAUCAUGAUAAGGAGCAGACAUCUUUUGAUUUAGGUCAGGUAUCCAAAAAGUCAAGAUCAUUUGGUUCAGAUAUUGUAAUACUGUGAAAUCAUUAAUAUUCGUGGGGUGCUAAUCUUCGUGGAUAUCGUAGUUGAGUCAGUCUGCUAAACUUAAUCCCAACAAACAAGUAAAAUUCCCAUUCAUUUUAAAUUCAGAAGUUGAAAUCCACGAAUUCAUAUCCCCACGAAAUUGCCGUUUUGGCCAAAACCACGAAAUUUCAUGCCCACAAAAUUAAAUGAUUUUACAGUAGUGUUAGUCAAUUUCAGAUUUAUUAUAUCUGCUUAACUAAUGUCCCUAUUAUCAUUAUACCUAAAAAUAAUAAUGGUCUCUUUGAUUUAUGGAAAUUAUUUUGCUAGCCCUCUUUUAGGGGCCAAGAGAGCUAAAAAUAGAAAAACUAAAAUCGUUUGACUUCUUCUCAUGGAUCUUCUUCAAACUUAUCCUUUUGUGACCUUGUUUAGUAUUCGCUCAGUUUUUCUCAAAGUGACAAGGUGAGCUUUUGUGAUCGCGCGGUGUCCGUCGUGCUUGCGUGCGUGCAUGCGCCAGUCCAUAAACUUUUGCUUGUGACCAUUCUAGAGGUCACAUUUUUCAUGGGAUCUUUAUGAAAGUUGGUCAGAAUAUUCACCUUGAUGAUAUCUAGGCCAAGUUCAAAACUAGGUCACGUGCCAUCAAAAACUAGGUCAGUAGGUCUAAAAAUAGAAAAACCUUGUGACCUCUCUAGAGGCCAUAUUUUUAUGAGAUCUUCAUGAAAAUUAGUCAGAAUGUUCACCUUGAUGAUAUCUAGGUCAAGUUUGAAAGUGGGUCACGUGCCAUCAAAAACUAGGUCAGUAGGUCAAAUAAUAGAAAAACCUUGUGACCACUCUAGAGGUCACAUUUCUCAAUGGAUCUUUAUGAAAGUUGGUCAGAAUGUUCACCUUGAUGAUAUCUAAGUCAAGUUCUAAACUGGGUCACGUGCCAUCAAAAACUAGGUCAGUAGGUCUAAAAAUAGAAAAACCUUGUGACCUCUCUAGAAGCCAUAUAUUUCAUGAGAUCUUCAUGAAAAUUGGUCAGAAUGUUCACCUUGAUGAUAUCUAGGUCUAGUUCGAAAGUGGGUCACGUGCCGUCAAAAACUAGGUCAGUAGGUCAAAUAAUAGAAAAACCUUGUGACCUGUCUAGAGGCCAUAAUUUUCAUGGGAUCUGUAUGAAAAUUGGUUUGAAUGUUCAUCUUGAUGAUAUCUAGGUCAAGUUUGAAAGUGGGUCACUUGCCGUCAAAAACUAGGUCAGUAGGUCAAAUAAUAAAAAAACCUUGUGACCUCUCUAAAGGCCAUAUUUUUCAUGGGAUCUGUAUGAAAGUUGUUCUGAAUGUUUAUCUUGAUGAUAUCUAGGUCAGAUUCGAAACUGGGUCAAGUGCCAUCAAAAACUAGGUCAGUAGGUCAAAUAAUAAAAAAACCUUGUGACCUCUCUAAAGGCCAUAUUUUUCAUGGGAUCUGUAUGAAAGUUGGUCUGAAUUUUCAUCUUGAUGAUAUCUAGGUCAGUGUCGAAACAGGGUCAUGUGCGGUCAAAAACUAGGUCAGUAGGUCUAAAAAUAGAAGAGCCUUGUGACCUCUCUAGAGGCCAUACUUAUGAAUGGAACUCCAUAAAAAUUGGUCAGAAUGUUCAUCUUGAUAAUAUCUAGGUCAAGUUUGAAACUAGGUCACGUGCCUUCAAAAAGUAGGUCAGUAGGUCAAAUAAUGAAAAAAACGUUGUGACCUCUCUAGAGGCCAUAUUUUUCAUGGGAUCUGUAUGAAAGUUGGUCUGAAUGUUUAUGUUGAUGAUAUGUAGGUCAAGUUUGAAACUGGGUCAACUGCGAUCAAAAACUAGGUCAGUAGGUCUUGAAAUAGAAAAACCUUGUGACUAUCUAGGUCAAGUUUGAAACUGGGUGACGUGCCAUCAAAAACUAGGUCAGUAGGUCAAAUAAUAAAAAAACCUUGCGACCUCUCUAGAGGUCAUACUUUUCAUGGGAUUUGUAUGAAAGUUGGUCUGAAUGUUCAUCUUGAUGAUAUCUAGGCCAGGUUUGAAACUGGGUCAACUGCGGUCAAAAACUAGGUCAGUAGGUUUAAAAUUAGAAAGAUCUUUUGACCUCUCUAGAGGCCAUAUUUUUCAAUGGAUCUUCAUGAAAAUUGAUCUGAAUGUUCACCUUGAUGAUAUCUAGAUCAAUUUUGAAACUGGUUCAUGUGUGGUCAAAAACUAGGCCAGUAGGUAUAAAAAUAGAAAAACUUUGUGACCUCUCUAGAGGCCAUAUUUUUCAUGAGAUCUUCUUGAAAAUUAGUGAGAAUGUUCACCUUGAUAUCUAGGUAAAGUUCAAAACAGGGUCACGUACCUUUGAAAACUAGGUCAAUAGGUCAAAUAAUAGAAAAACCUUGUGACCUCUCUAGAGACCAUAUUUUUCAAUGGAUCUUCAUAAAAAUAGGUCAGAAUUUUUAUCUUGAUAAUAUCUUGGUCAGUUUCAAAACUGGGUUCACAUGAGCUCAGAAACUAGGUCACUAUGUCAAAUAAUAGAAAAAACGAGGUCAUACUCAAAACUGGGUCAUGUGGGAAGAGGUGAGCGAUUCUGGACCAUCAUGGUCCUCUUGUUUGUAGUGUUUGACAUAUGACUUUGAAACUUUUAUCACUUGUUCAGUAUAAUAGUCUCUAUCUGUAGGAAAGAGAACAUACUUCUGUCAUCUAUUUUGGCUGAAUUAUGGCCCUUUUUAGCUCAUCUGAUUUUUUGAAAAAAAAUGAGGAGUUAUUGUCAUCACUUGAGCGGUUGUCGGCGUCUGCGUCGGCGUUGCCUGGUUAAGUUUUAUGUUUAGGUCAGCUUUUCUCCUAAACUAUCAAAGCUAUUGCUUUGAAACUUGGAAUACUUGUUCACCAUCAUAAGCUGACCCUGUAUAGCAAGAAACAUAACUCCAUCUUGCUUUUUUUAAGAUUUAUGGCCCCUUUUGUACUUAGAAAAUAUCAGAUUUCUUGGUUAAGUUUUAUGUUUAGGUCAACUUUUCUCCUAAACUAUCAAAGCUAUUGCUUUGAAACUUGGAAUACUUGUUCACCAUCAUAAGCAGACCCUGUACAUCAAGAAACAUAACUCCAUCUUGCUUUUUGCAAGAUUUAUUGCCCCUUUUGGACUUAGAAAAUCAGUUUUCUUGGUUAAGUUUUAUGUUAAGGUCAGCUUUUAUCCUAAACUAUCAAAGCUAUUGCUUUAAAACUUGCAACACUUGUUCACCAUCAUAAGUUGACCCUGUAUAGCAAGAAACAUAACUCCGUCCUGCUUUUUGCAAGAUUUAUGGCCCCUUUUGGACUUAGAAAAUAUCAGAUUUCUUGGUUAAGUUUUUUGUUUAGGUCAACUUUUUCUCUUAAACUAUCAAAGCUAUUGCUUUGAAACUUGCAACACUUGUUCACAAUCAUAAGCUGACCCUGUACAGCAAGCAACAUAACUCCAUCCUGCUUUUUGCAAUAAUUAUUGCCCCUUUUGGACUUAGAAAAUCAUUUUCUUGGUUGAGUAUUAUGUUUAAGUCAACUUUUCUCAUAAACUAUCAAAGCUAUUGUUUUAAAACUUGCAACAGUUUUUCACCAUCAUAAGUGGACACUGUACAUCAAGAAACAUAACUCUAUCCUGCUUUUUGCAAGAAUGAUGGCCCUUUUUAGACUUAGAAAAUCAUGGGUAGGACAAUAUUUCUAUUACACAAAAAAAUCAGAUGAGCGUCAGCACCCGCAAGGCGGUGCUCUUGUUGGACUUUUAAAUUGGUUCUGUUUUCAUACAAGUCCAUGUUUUGUCAAAACUAUUUGACAUAUGGCUUUUAAACUUUGAACACUUGUUUUUCAUUAUGAUUUCCAUCUGUAGGCAAGAGUACAUAAUUAUUUUGACUGAAUUAUGGCCCUUCUUGGAAUUUGAAAUUGGUUCAUACAUUGCCAUUUAGUGCAAAACUUAUCGAAAUCAAAGAAAUACAGGAAAAAUUGUUUGUCUAAUCUAUUUAUUUCUUUUGUCUGAAUAUCUGUGGAAAUAUUUUGACCCCAUUCUUCAAUCAAUUCUUCGAAUAGUCGAGCGCGCUGUCAUCAUACAGCUCUUGUUCAAAUGGUUCUGCGUGUGAGCUUACAGGGAAUUUGACAGUAAAAAUUAAAGAGACUCAGUAGCUUUUAGUGAACUGCUUACUGUAUAAUGUAUUUUCACCAAACAUGGUCAGAAGCAAGUGAAGGUCACCAUCCACCUCAGAUGAGUUCAACCCAUUUGGGCCUCUUGUUUAUGGUUUUUCUCCACUUCGCUCAUGCCAAACAUUUAUGAAUAGCCAAGAAUGCUGUCCUUUCAACGUCAACUGUUAACAAAACACGUGUAAUGGUAAAUAUGUAGAAAAGUGACACAUACCCAAUAGAAAUGUAGUAUUAGAUAGAAAGGACUUGUUUGUUCUUAACAUACUAAUCAUAAAUAUUAAUUUAAGAUUUUUGAUAUUUAUAGAUUUUCGUUUUGUGACAAAACUUAAAUUUUUUAAUGUUUAUUCGGAGGGAUGCCCCAUUGAUAUACAAAACAUUUACGAUGUGUAUGCCAUUUUAACCUCUUCAGUUCUUUUAUGAUUUUUCAGAUGAUUGUAAUAAAUUUGAUAAGAAUAUAAUUGAUGAGAAAUCAAUUAACAAUGAUAGAACAGAUAUUAGUUUUUUAAAAGGUUUUGUUAUUUAUAAUUAUUUAAUAUCUAAAGUUGACAAUGCCUUUUUAAAAAGAUUGAUGCAUAAAAUAGUUAGAACUGUGAACAGAAUCUGGGAACCCAGAUAGAUAAAAAAGACUUGCUAAUUGACAAAUUAUUACAAAAAUCAGUCGACAGCAUUGUUAUGCCAGUCCAUCAUGUUUAAAUUUAUAGAUACUUAAGAAUUAUAAUGGCUUUGUCUGGGAAAUGUUAGAGCUGAAACAGGAGAGAAUAUUUUAUGUACAUGACAUGUAUUAUGUAUUUAUUUCAUUGUUAAGCAUAUAUUAUAAUAUAUUAUUGUUGAUGUGAUUUAACAUUAUUAAGUAUUUUUGCAUGGAAUCAUUUUCAUAUACUUUGUGCAAUAAAGACAUUUCAAGGUU